GCGGCUGAGGCUACGCUCGUCUGAAAAUUAUUAAUUAAAUGCUUUUAGCACCUACUUUAUUUAUUUCUUAGUGACAUACUUCGGUUAGCUUUUCUACUACGUUGUGGUUCGGUCCGCCAGUUACGUUCUUUUUCGGGGGCGCCAGUGCAUACUGAGGUUGUACGCGGUGGGUUAUCGAAAACACUCUAGUGAAAAAAUGGCUUCACAAGCAGUAAACAAAACCGGCUCGGGCUGGCCUCGCCGGAAUAGCCACGGAACGGGACUGACGGAAAUGAACAAAUUACAAACAAAUCAAUCGAUGACGCUCAACCGGACCAUAAACCUUUACCCCUUGACAAACUACACAUUCGGUACCAAGGAGCCCCUAUUCGAAAAGGACCCAUCGGUACCAGCCCGGUUCCAGCGGAUGCGUGACGAGUUUGACAAAAUAGGAAUGCGCCGCUCGGUGGAAGGUGUUCUGCUGGUACACGAACACGGUCUCCCGCACGUACUGCUUCUGCAGCUGGGAACUACGUUUUUCAAACUUCCCGGCGGAGAACUGAGUGCCGGUGAGGAUGAGGUGGACGGAUUGAAGCGGCUUCUGACCGAGACUCUAGGACGGCAGGACGGCGUCAAGCAGGACUGGAUCGUCGAGGACACGAUUGGCAACUGGUGGCGUCCCAACUUCGAGCCUCCGCAGUACCCGUACAUACCGCCGCACAUCACCAAGCCGAAGGAGCACAAGCGUCUGUUUUUGGUGCAGCUACACGAGAAGGCUCUGUUUGCCGUACCUAAGAACUACAAGCUAGUUGCGGCACCGUUGUUCGAACUUUACGACAACUCACAGGGCUACGGACCGAUAAUAUCGUCGCUGCCGCAAGCACUUUGCAGGUUUAACUUUAUCUACAUGUAAGCCUGCGCGCGCUCCGCAUCGUCACCUGGUCACGCGCGGUCACGGAUUGGUGUGAAAACGAAUCUGGAUGAAACGGUUCUGACGCUGACCCACUGUUGGCUGCUUUCCCGUCACUUCUGCGCCCGCACGGACGUGAGAUACUUGUUGGUGAGACAAAGGACGGCGAACCCCGGGCUGGCAUAGAGGACGAAAAGAAGGGCUUACUCGAACCGAGCUGCUGAAUACUAUUUGGACGUCCGUAUUUUAAGAAAGAUCUUUUUCGUGACCUACUUUAUAUCUUAGUUUAACCGAUAUAAAUGAUAAUAAGAAUAAA